AUGACCUGACGCCACUGAUGAUGCAAAGCGUGAGCCAAACGUGCAACUGAAGAGACCCUCACGCUGCUUCUCAAGUUCCCGGAGGGCACAAGCGGCAACGUCAGCCGUGAUCUCUGCUCCCUGAGCCCACUUGCCUCCGUCAAGAUGGUCAUUACUCUGUUGGAGCACAUCAAUAUCCGCAACGUCAUUUACAAGAUGCUGACUCCCCAGAUACUGAAGGACUUUGAGAACCUCCUGUUAAUAGUGGUUGACAGGCUGCUAAUGAUAAUGCAAAAGGUAGAGCCAUUCAUGACGACCUUGCCACAACUGCUGGAUGCGGUGAGGCAAUUGAACAUCAGCGACAUAAUGCAGUCAUCCCAGUCCCCAGGUGCACGGCAGGCGAGAAGCACAAACACUCAGUCCCUGAGUAAACUCUCAAAGACCUUCUGCGCUGGGACCACCCAGAGGAUGUUGGCAGACGUGAGGAUGGCCAAUCUUCCCACCCCAUUACCAUCAUCAUCGCUCUCCCCUGAAGACUUCAAGGCUAAAUAUAACAUCCCCUACGGCACAAGCCCCUACUGUCUCGAUGUGUACACGGACAUCAUUCAUGGCAAAAACGGCGAAGUGAUUUGGCGUUUCUUGAAGCCGCUGAUGUUGGGGAAAAUUCUGUACACGCCCAGGAGUGCAGCGACCGAACUGCUCAUCCGCACGGCCAAUUCAACAUUCCAGAAAAUGGGGGAAUUAAGCAGCUAUGCCCAAGAAUGGUUGCAUGCCAUGGGUAACCAAAAUGCCAACUUGCAGAUCCAACAAUUGGGAAUACUGAAGAAUGCCCUGGCAAAUCCCUUCGUACAAGGCUUCAUCAGAAGUCAAAUGAACAUAAACAUGACAAGCUUCAUGCAAAACUUAAAAUCUUUUGAGGAGCUUGGAGUUCAACUCACUGACACUACAAUGGAUAACUUGAAAACGCUUUCCACGCUCAUGGUGAACAUCUCAUCGUGCGUGGAGCUCAACCGCUUUGUGCCGAGCGAUUCUGUGGAGGAGCUCAACAAGAGGGCCAUUGGACUCAACAAGGAGAACAAUCUCAUGGCCAGUGUUAUCUUCCACCUCCCUGAGGCACAGAACCGCUCCCGUCGUGCCGUCUCAAACCUCCCGCUGGCCACCCACCUCAACUACACGCUGCGGCUGAGCAUUCAGAACGUGAUGCGCACAGACUACCUCCGAGACCUGGUCUGGGUGCCGGGUCCGCACACCAACCAGAAUUACAUGUACUACACGCACGCCUUCCUGCCCAUCCAGGACAUGCUGGAGCGCGCCGCCAUCUCCCUGUACAUCGGGCGGGAUGUCAGUGAGCCGGCGCUGCAGGUGCAGCCCAUGCCGUACCCCUGCUACACGGACGACUCGUUCCUGCACAGCGUUGGUUUGAUGUUUCCCAUCCUGUUCAUGAUCGCAUGGAUCCUCACAAUUGCAAGCACUGUCAAGUUUCUGGUUCAAGAAAAGGAACUCUGCCAGCAGGAGUACAUGAACAUCAUGGGCGUGCGGCCUGCGAGCCACUUCCUGUCGUGGCUGCUCCAGAGCUGCGCCCUGCUGCUGCUCAUGGUGAUCCUGCUCACGGUCAUCCUGAAAGCGAGCGGGACGCUGCCCAGCACCAACUGGGCACUUCUCCUCGCCCUCUUCCUGUGCUUCGGCAUUUCCGUGCUGGCGAUGGGGUACAUGCUGAGCGCGUGCUUCACGCACACCAACGUCGCCUCCCUCACCGCCUGCUUCAUCUACCUGCUCAGCUUCUUCCCGUUCCUGGCCCUCUCGAGCCUCACGCUGACGCUCACGCGGUGGCAGAAGUCGCUCAUCUGCCUGCUAUCACCCACGGCGUUCAGCUAUGCAAGUCAGCUGAUGGGUCACUUUGAAGAUCAGGGUAUCGGCGCCCAGUGGAGCAACAUGUACCAGUCACCCUUGUAUGGGGAUGACAUUUCGUUCGCCUACCUGUGCUGGAUGCUGAUAAUUGACACGGCCAUAUACUUCAUCGUGGGCUGGUACAUCCGCAACGUCUACCCAGGGACGUAUGGGCUGGCCCGGCCGUUCUACUUCCUCUUCACGGUGAGCUAUUGGCAGCAGGUGUGUUGCUGCGGAUCUCGUCGGAGGCCCAUGGGAUACCUGGCCAGAAACAUGGCUCACGAGUCACCCGCUGACUCCAAGACGGACGCCAAGGAUGGCAGCAUGAGGCCGCAACUGGAGGCGGUUCCAGCGGGCUUGACAGCCGGCGUGUCGCUGCGCUCCCUCACCAAGCAGUACAGCAAGGGCAAGAAGGCUGCUCUCCAGGACCUGAGCUUGGACUUUUAUGAGGAUCAGAUCACCACCCUACUGGGCCAUAACGGAGCUGGCAAGACCACAACCAUGUCGCUGCUGAUGGGCCUGUACGAGCCGAGCAGCGGCUCCGUGCACGUGGGCGGGCGCGACGCGCGCACGGACAUGGCGGAGGUGCGGCGCCAGCUGGGGGUGUGCCUGCAGCGUGACGUCCUCUUCCCGGCCCUCAACGUGCACGAGCAUCUGUUCCUCUACGGACGCCUCAAGGCGCUCGGCUGGUCACGGCAGCGGCUGCAGCAGGAGGUGGACACCUUCUUGAAUGACCUCGGUCUCUACAACCACAAAGACAAGCUCGUGGGGACACUGUCGGGAGGCAUGAAGCGCAAGCUUUCCAUCGCCAUCGCCUUCAUCGGAGGCUCGACCACGGUCAUUCUGGACGAGCCCACGAGCGGCGUGGACCCCUGCUCUCGGCGCAGCAUCUGGAACCUCAUCCUCAAGCACAGGGCUGGCCGCACCAUCAUCCUGUCCACGCAUCACCUGGACGAGGCGGAGGUGCUGAGCGACCGCAUCGCCGUGCUGGAGCACGGCAAGCUGCGCUGCUGCGGGAGUCCCCAGUACCUGAAGGAGAUUUAUGGGCAGGGCCUGACGCUGACCCUCACCAAGAAGAGCGCCGCGCUGGGCUCGAGGUCCCCCUUCGACCCGGAGCGCGUGGUGUCGCUGGUGCGCUCGGGCGUGGAGGGAGCCGUGCUCAAGAGCGGCGAGGACAGCUCAGGCAACCGCAACGCGGACAUGGUGUUCCUGCUUCCCGCACACUCGCAGAACGUGCUCGGCCAGAGCUUCCUCGCCACACUGGAGGAGAACAUGGAGGAGUUGGGACUCUCUGGCUAUGCCAUCUCUGACACCACGCUUGAGGAGGUCUUCCUCAAGCUGGUGCAGGAGGCUGAAGACCAAAGUCUGAAGGACAUCACCAACAAAUUUCCCGAGGCCGAAUCCGGCUCCAUAAACUCCGAGACAGCUGCUCCGCCUGAUCACACGAGCCCGGCCGCCUCUGACACCAGUGACACUGUCAGCCUGGAGAGCGAAGGAAGCAGUCAAGACAGCUUCGAGAAGCACCUGGUGAAGAAGGAGCGGGUGACUGGCAUCCACCUCUUGGUGCACAAGACCCAGGCCCUGAUCUACAAGCGCUUUCACCACUGGAGGCGCGACGUCAAAGGGGCAGCUGCUCAAAUCGUGCUGCCCGUGAUCCUCGUGGCGCUCGCCAUGGCGUUUGCCAGCAUGGAACCCGGCGUCCCGGAAUAUCCGAGCCUCCAUCUCCAGCCGAGCCUCUACAGCAGUGCUUCCUUCUUCAGCUUGCACAACAGCUCAAGUGCGUCGGCCAGCUCUCUCACCUCGACGCUCAUGAAGCAUGCCGCGUGUCUGGACCAGCCUCCGUCCAGGAACAACUCCUGCUGGGCGAAUAGGCCUCCCACAUCUUGGCUUCCUUCUGCCAAAGGUGAUGAAUCCUCCUGCAGCUGCACGUCCUGCAAAGAGUUGUGCUCAGCUGUGCAGGAUAUGCCAUCCUACACCAACGUCAACCCACAAUUGCAGAUGUUCAACCUUAGUGGCUACGACGUGGAGGAAUACCUGAUGGGUACCACCUGCCAAUACUUGCUCAAGAGAUAUGGCGGCUGGAGCUUUGGAUUGCCUCACACUGCAUCAUCUGAUCUUGAAGUUGUGCCAGAUAACAGGACCCUCACCAAGGUGUGGUACAAUCCCGAGGGCUACCAUGCCCUCCCGGCCUACGUGAACAGCCUCAACAACCUCCUUCUGUGGGACAACCUUCCCGAAGGAGAGCACCCCGGCGAUUACAGGAUAUCUGUGAACAGCAAACCAUAUGCGGGCCAACAACUCGGUCAGGAUAUGAUUCUGCAGAACCUGGGCGACACGGGUGUGGCCAUCUGCAUCCUGCUGGGCUUCUCCAUCAUCACGGGCAGCUUCGCCACGGCCGUCGUGCGCGAGCGCAUCACGGGCUCCAAGCGCCUGCAGCAGAUUUCCGGUGUAUCCCCGACAUACUACUGGGCCGUCAACUUCGCUUACGACAUGCUGAGCUACUCAGUGACCACAGGCCUGUGCAUCGCAGUGAUAGCAGCCUUCAAUCUUCCUGCCUACACGGACAACAGCAACCUGGGAGCUGUCUCUCUCCUACUCAUUCUCUUCGGCUUCGCGUCCCUCCCGUGGAUGUACCUACUCUCCGGCAUCUUCUCUGAGGAGGAGAUGGCCUUCGUCACCUACAUCUCCAUCAACAUCAUUUUGGGCGUCACCACAAUCAUCUCCACCUUCCUCGUGAACUUCCUCUACAUGAGUUCUGACUCAGAGAGCCUCUACAACGCCUACAAUGUCAUGCGAUGGCUUUUCCUCGUCUUCCCCCAGUUCUGCCUGGGCUGGGGGCUAGUUUCCCUCUCCAAGCAGAGGCUCAUGGAGGACAUCAUGACAUUGCUGGGGUCAGACCCGCAGGAAAGUUCAUCGUUUGCCAUGGACAUUACCGGCUGGCCCUUCGUGGCCCUGGCAGUUAAUGGCAUUGUUUGCUUUACUCUCCGGCUGGUGCUCACAGAUGAACUCAUCUGGAAACUCAGGCGGUGGUGGCAGCGCAAGGCGGUGGAGCCCGGGCAGCCCGAGCUGGACACGGACGUGCAGGCGGAGCGCAGCCGCGUGGAGGAGCAGAGCCGCGUGGAGGACGCGGCCACCCCCGACGACGCGCUGCAGCUCGUGGGGCUCCGCAAGCGCUACCGCCUGCUGAACCGCAGCUUCACGGCCGUCGACGGCCUGCACCUGGGCGUCUCUCCCAACCAGUGCUUUGGGCUGCUCGGAGUUAAUGGAGCUGGAAAGACGACGACGUUCAAGAUGUUGACAGGGGACAUCCAACCGUCGGGAGGAGAUGCCAUAAUACGGACACAGAAUGGCGCCUUGCUGAGAAUGGACAAGGCGCGGAGGACGGGCACGCUGAUCGGAUACUGCCCGCAGUUCGACGCUCUGGAUGACCUUCUCACGGGCUGGGAGCACCUGUACUGCUACGCGCGGAUCCGCGGAAUCCCCUCGCAUCACAUCGAGCAGGUGUCACAGGAGCUGGUGACGCGGCUGCACCUGAGUCUGCAUGCCGAUAAGCUGGUGAAAACCUACAGCGGUGGCACCAAGAGGAAGCUCUCCACUGCGCUGGCGCUCAUCGGGAAGCCCCAGCUGCUGCUGCUGGAUGAGCCCAGCUCUGGAAUGGACCCCAAAUCCAAGCGCUACCUCUGGAAGACAAUCACAAGGGAGGUCCGCCAGGGCUGCUCUGUUGUUCUCACCUCACACAGCAUGGAAGAGUGUGAGGCCCUUUGUGACAAGCUGGCCAUCAUGGUGAACGGACAGUUCAAGUGCUUGGGCACUUUGCAGCAUCUCAAGAACCGGUUUGGCAAUGGGCAUAUGAUCAAGCUGCGGUUGAGCAGCGGUAAUUCCAAAGUCACAGAAGUUACAGAGUUCAUCACAUCUCACUUCCCUGGCGCCUACUUAAAGGAACAGCACAUCAGCCAACUGGAGUUCCAAGUUCCUAGCAAUGCAGCAAAACUCUCUGAAAUUUUCAUUGCCUUGGAGAAAGAGAAGGAAUCUCUGAGUAUCCAGCAUUACUCCAUCAGCCAGACAACACUGGACCAGGUGUUCAUCAACUUUGCCCGGCAGCAGAUUGAUAUGGAGGAGGAAUCCAGCAACGCAGACGCUCGUCCGCCUGUGCCGACCGUGUAGGAAGCGUUGCCGUGCCGCCACCACCACCGCCACCAGCACCACUUGCACCACCACCAGCACCAGCACCACUUGCACCACCACCACCACUUGCACCACCACCACCACCACCGCCACCAGCACCACUUGCACCACCACCAGCACCACUUGCACCACCACCACCACCGCCACCACCACUUGCACCACUUGCACCACCGCCACCGCCGCCACCACGCACACGCCACAGCCGUCCCAGGCCCGGGCCAAGUGCUUGAGAGCCGAAUGAUUUCCUUGCAUUUGGCAUCAUUUCGAGACACCCCCCCCCUUCUAAACCAGUGACGUUUUAAAUGUUAUCAACUGGGAUAUUGUCUAUAAAUUCGAAAGAAAGUUAAUAACUAUGCACACUAUUUGUAAUUUAACAUUUUUGUGGAUUGUAUUUACCUCAAAGAUCGUAUUGAAAUUUGUUUUUAUUGGUUUUUUUUAAAUUGCAAAUGUGUAUUGAUCAAUUAAGGUAUAAGCUAGCCAGUGAUUACACUGUACAUACGGAUAUACAGAUAAUGCAUACACGCUAUAAAAUAGCACUUCACGCUGCAGAUAUAUUACAUUGCUUUGCCAAAUAAUGAAGUACUCUUUAGCGUCGAACAAUAAUUAUAUAUGUUGUAGAAGCGGCUUUCAGUCAUUGAAUUGUAUCACUAUGGAAAUGUUUCUUAAUGAAGUAAAAUUAUACUGCGAGCCUAAUGACAAGAUGUGUGACAUAGUCUCAGCUACAGUUUGUAGCUCUGGGAUGCAGAUUCAGAAAUUUGAAUGUUUCUCUUGACAAUUGAAAUAUCUGAUGUAAUGUAAAGCAAGAAGAAUUGACGAUCACUUUGUCCAUCAGCAUAAUUACAUGCACCUUGCUUAACAUCGCGACUUAAUUGGUACACGUAUGCACCGGUUCAGUGCUUCUUUUGCCUUGGGAGUUUACUUUGAUAGUUGUUACAAGCAUUCAAAGAUUCUUGUUAUACAGAGCCAAUGUGUAAUGCAUUCAAUCUACAGAUAACGCCUGGGUCGAGCACCCAUCUCCUGUUUCAGGGGAAUUGUUAGGAAAACAUACAUGCGUUUAUUUCUUACAGCUAAGCACUCGAAUUUGAAUGUACUUAAAUGCCAAAGCAGUUAUAUACUGGAUUGUUUUAAGAGUAACUUUUUAUCACAAGUUUUCAAUAAUGCCAUCUUUAUGUGAACUCCAGGUUUUAUUUUCAAUGAAUUAAGCUUUGUGGGUUAAUGGCGAAUGCAAUGCAAUGUAAAGAAAUGCAAUAAUGGAACAUUGUUGUGAGAGAGUAAUAGAAAGUAAAAUACAUAGAAAUAAACAAUUAUGUUGUGUAUAUUUUAAAAUAAAUAAUUUAAUAAGCAAUCGUUGCAAAAAAAAAUUGGUGGUAUGUGAACACAUUUCGUUAUUGGUCCUUGGAAUGUUGUACUCUGUCAUACGCAUGAGGAAUACCCCCAAACAAUCAAGUGCCCUAUUUUUAUCCCGAAAACCUUUCAAAUAAUAUUUUUGGAACAUCAAAGGCUCAGUUCAGAUGAGGUGGACUGACUGGGCAGCACUUGUUCAUCUGUUUGGCUCUUGAAGGAUGUCCUACGUGGGCAAAACGUUGAGGAUUCCACUACUGUCUGUGCCAGACAAAAAAAAACAUGGUGAGGUUUUUGGGUGGCAGAAUGGCCGAGUGGUCACUACUUAGUGUCUUCAAAGCAUCGACGCAGUUUCACGCUCGCGUUGUUACAACCAGGCGCUCUCUAAUUCUUUUUCCGUGCCUGAAGAGUUACGGCCAUUUAUGUCUGUGAAAUUGUGUGCGUUUUACAAGUUGUAUUUUAUCAUUAUUAUUACCGGUAUGGUUCAGAAACAGUGUCAUGAAUGAAAAUCUUUGCCAAGAAGCGUGGCGAGAUGCGUGCUUGUAAAGUUUCUACGAAUAGUGCAUUUUUUCCAAAACGUUAUCCGUGUGCUUAUUGGAGACAUUUGAUAACUCUUUGAAAUAACACACUUGAUGUUAUUCUUGAGAUCAAACUAUUUUUCGCAAGUGUUUAGGAGCUCUCACAACUUAUUUUAAAUUGUAAUGGUAAUGUGGUCAACAUCUCUGAGGGUAAAGUAACCCUCGCUGAAUAUUUUAGACGGAACAAGAAGACACUGAGAUAUAGCAUUCAUUUUACAAAGCAUAUUUAUCAAUACGCAAGAGGAAAUGUGAAAUUUCAAGGGAUAUGCAGUCACAAAAAAAUAUGAAUCAAUCAUUUUUAGUAUUUCGUGGGCUUUUUAGCCCACGUAUGAUUCUGUAUUAUAAAAGAAUAAUCCUCGUGAAACAAACUAAAACUUGUUUAGGUUACAUCCCUCUAUUUCUUUUUAAACAUUCACAAUCAUCAACAUGUGUGUGCUAACGUUAAGAAAAAAACGCCACUUGUUUCAAAUGUUCUUGCUAUGGUUUUCACACCUGAUGAUGAUUGCUUGUGUUGCAAUCGAAACGUCGUGAGAAUUAAAUUUUUAUUAUUUUAUUAUUUCCCUUCUACGUGACUUUACCGAAAGAACCAAGAAUAUGUGUGCUGUUGAAUAUAAGUAAACUACAUCACGUAUGCAGCAUACACUAAUUCAACAGUAAUUAAAACAUAUCAAAAUACCAAGAGCCAAAACACCAUUCCUCAAUGUGCUCAACAUAGAAUAUCAAGAUCCGACUUAAAAUACAAAAAGUGCGCAUAUACCACGCACUUGACUUUGACGGCAAUGCGCGACUGAGUCUGGAACACGGCUAUGAAUGUGGCUUCGCCAACUCUUCUGUGAUCGCUCCUGGCAGCACUGCGGACGAAUGUCAAGCCGCGUCGUUCACCUCCAACACUCGCCCUCUCCCUGCCGCG